AGAAGCAUCAGUGUACUCAGGAUUGUGCACUCAGAUCUUCAGAGAGGAGUUGGGCUUGUAUCAGGGGAAAGUCUUCUGCUUUGUUCAUCUGAGCCUUCAGGAACAUCUAGCAGCUCUAUAUGCACAUCUUUCCUUUACAGUCAACAACAUCAAUGUAUUUGACCAAAACAAACAAAGUCUGUUGUCUAAGAUUUUUACCCAGAAGAAAUAUAAUUCAUUAUUUGAGCUGCAUCAGAGAGCUGUGGAUGAGGCUUUACAGAGUGGACAUCUGGAUCUUUUUCUGCGUUUCUUUCUGGGUCUCUCAGUGGAGUCCAAUCAGACCCUCUUACAAAAACUACUGACACAAACAGUAAUCUGCUCCUACAACAAAAUGGAAACAGUUGAGUACAUCAAACAGAAGAUCAGGAAGAAUCACUCUUCAGAGAAAUCCAUCAAUCUGUUUCACUGUCUGAAUGAACUGGGUUAUGAUUCACUGAUGCAGGAAAUCCAGCAUUAUCUGAAAUCUGGAAAAAUAAGAGAAACCAAACUCUCCUCUUCACAGUGGUCAGCUCUGGUUUAUGUGUUGCUGACAUCAGAGCAGAAGGAGGAUGUUUUUGAUCUCAAACAGUUUAUUGGAAAACAACAUAGAGCAGAUGAAGUUCUUCAGUAUUUGUUACCUGUGGUUAAAGAAUCCAGAUCAGUUCGGCUAUGUGGAUGUAAUCUCACUGCUCAGUCCUGUGAAAGUCUGUCUUCAGCUUUACAAUCCUCCAACUCAAACAUCCUGAGAGAGCUGGACCUGAGUAACAAUGACCUGCAGGAUUCUGGAGUGAAGCUUCUUUCUGAUGGACUGAAGAGUCCAAACUGUCAGCUGGAAAUACUGAGAUUGUCUGGCUGUAUGGUGACAGAGAAAGGCUGUCGUUAUGUGUCUUCAGCUCUGAGUUCAAACCCUUCACACCUGAGAGAGCUGGAUCUGAGCUACAAUCACCCAGGAGAUUCAGGAGUUAAACUACUCACUGAAAAACUGUUGGAUUCAACCUGCUCACUGGACAAACUCAAGUAUGUCUACCAGGAAGAUUUGAGACUUUUCUAUUUAAACUCCUCAAUGAUCCAGGAGGACGAGGAUGUCUGA